ACGUAAAUCCAGACAUACACAGAGUGUUUUUGCCUAUCCCUUGCACCUUAAAGAAGAAAAAAAAUGCAAUGCAUUUUGAUUUGUGAAAAAAUAUCAUAAAACACAAUUCAAAUGAAGAAAAAAAUGCAUCAUUUACUUAAUCGUAUAUUAAAUUUAUAAAAAUAGAAUUCAAAAUUAUCUAAAACAAAGUGUUGUGUGUGUUUGUAGUUAGUUAAAAUUUAUAGAAAAAAAAAAUAAUAAUAUGAAGUCAUCCUCAUUUCUUCUGAAAUUUAUAUGCAACAACAACAAAAAUUCAACUCGUAGAUAAAUUCAUCGUCUGCACUACAAAAAGGAUAUUCUCUAACAAAAGUUUGACAUAAAAAAAAAGAAAAUUUCACAAUGAAAAUAAUGCGUUUGCGACAUGCAAAACUAAUUAUUAUCCUCAUAGUCCUAGCAAAUUUGGUGCUCUUCUACUACACGUGGAAAUCAGUCCUUUGGAAAUCCAUUGUAGAUCCUGGCGAUGAUAGUGGUAAUAAUCAAUUGCAAAAAUCUAAAUCACCUCAAUCGACAAAGGAUAAACUAAAAACCGCCAACAAACACAUUCGCAAAUCGAUAACAAUUGUUUUCAGGACAUUUUACACAUUCGAAAAUGAUAUCAAAUCAUCGAUUGAUAGCAUCUUGGAAAUAAUACCAAAUAUGCCAAUUCUUGUUGUGCAAGACACACUCCCAUAUCCUCCGGUAACCUAUGACACAAAUUUAACCGAACCCAGUACAGUGCGUUUUCUAAAUUUGGGCUUUGAUAUACAAAAGUCAUCAAAGGAGCUGAAUCCUUUGCUAGCUAUCAAGACUAAAUAUGUGCUUUUUAUGCCUGAUAGCGUUCGCUUGAAUAAUAAGAAUUUACUACAAAAAAUCCUUAAAGAAAUCAAUAAUAGCCACAGGGAGCAAGUUGAGGUUGUUAACGGAGGAGGUGGAAAUGGAGGUGGUGGAAAUGGUGGUGGGAUUGUUGAUACCGAUGACAUUGUACGGAGGGUAGUUAUUGUUCCCUUUGCUGGUAAUAUGAAGUCCUUUAGUAGUUGCACACAGGUGAAUUUAGAUCCACCCAAUUGGACGAUACAGUACAUAGCGGUGAACAGUAGUGAGAAAUGUGACUUGUAUUUGCAAAAACAUGCAAUUUUGGUUGAUACGGGAGUCCUGCGAGAGAUGCCAGACCCAUUUGGGGCGCCAUUUCCCGAACUGUUUUAUAUUCAAGCAAAAGCUGCUAGAAUUGAAAAAACCAUCUUUCCAAAUGCAUUUCAAGAUGGAAGACGUCUCUUUGCCUCCUAUCACACCAAACAACGUCGCAUGGAAAACCGCCGAAGGCAAUUCAAGGAAAUGUACAAGAAACUACAAAUCAAACGAAUCGUCAAGAGAUCUCACAAAAUCACCUCGAAAACUGACAAAGAGUCACUUGGCCCCUCGCAUAAUCUUGUUCUCGAUGGACAAUUUUCUUCGUCAAAUUUUUCGCUACCCCAAGCUACUGAAAUCGAUUUGAUUGGUUGUGAGAGGACUUCAAAGUCGUGCGUUGGUCCAGUUUAUAAUAUGAGGCCAUUUUAUGUGUACCUCAAUAAACAUACCCCACCUUGCUGUUUGGACAAACUCAAAACAACCUUUAAUCAUGUUUUAGAAGAAUUUGAAAAUGUUGGCAUUCGAUAUUGGUUGGAUAACUAUGCUCUCAAGACGGCCAUUGAAACGAACAAUCUGUCCCCGGAUGCCUAUGACAUCGAUAUAAGUUUUAACGUUUUCGAUUUGGAGCGUUCGAAUUCGUUAAAAAAGUCCCAAACAAAACCUUUCAUUGAUAAUGAAGGUUUCUAUUGGAUGAAAGCAACAGAUGGUCAUUAUUUUCGAGUGCAAUUUUCGAAAAUCAAUCAAAUCGGAUUAAAUUUAUUGCCAUUUGAAAUAUCUGGCAAUGAAGUUAGACCGAAUGCGUUUUUUGGUUGGAAAGCUAAAGAAUUUUCUGGUGAUUUCUUACAUCCUAUGUCGACUGUAUUGUUUUUGGGUAAAAAUAUUCAGUGUCCAAAUAAUGUGAGGGAAUAUUUAGAAUUUAAAAAUAUUAAAUAAAAAUAAAAAAAUCACAUUGUUGAUGGUUGUAUUUAAAAAUAA